AUGGCUGAAGUCGCAGAGAACGGUCCUGUGCCGGUGAACAAUGAGAACACCGCUCCUGGCGCCGCUACUGAAGAAAAGGAGCAGACCGAGAAGACCGAGCAGACGAAUGGCGAUGCUGUUACAGUAUUCCAUGACCCCGAGAAUUUCAACGUGAAGCAUCCGCUCAUGCACGAAUGGACUCUCUGGUUCACGAAGCCACCCAGUGGCAAGGUACGUGCCAUAGCCAUCGAUAUACGGGUAGACUCGUUAACACUGUUUGAUUUGCAGGGCGACAACUGGAACGAUCUGUUGAAGGAGGUCGUGACUUUCAACUCGGUCGAAGAAUUCUGGGGUAUCUAUAACAAUAUCACACCAACUUCUGAACUGGGUCUCAAGGCGGACUAUCAUCUCUUCAAAAAGGGCAUCAGGCCAGAGUGGGAAGACCCCCAGAACAAGCACGGUGGCAAGUGGUCAUACUCGUUCAAAGACAAGCGCUCCGUACCGAUCGACGAUCUUUGGCUUCACGCUCAACUGGCAGCUAUCGGCGAGACUCUUGAGAACGAUGGUGACAACGAGGUUAUGGGUGUGGUUGUGAACGUGCGCAAGGGAUUUUACCGUGUUGGUCUGUGGACACGGACCGUGGGCAAGAGCAUUCCCGGCGACAAGAACGGCCGGACACCCGCUCAAGGGAAGGAGAUUCUCGAAAACAUCGGUCGGCGCUUCAAGGAGGUGCUACGCCUGAAGGAAGCUGAUGUCGUUGAGUUCUCGGGGCACACGGACAGCGCACACAGCGGUAGCACUAGAGCCAAGGCCAAGUACACCGUUUAA